UCUCAGAAUUCUCAGUGUACUUCCUGUCUCCAGUAAAACUACAACUCCCAGAGGCACUUGCGGCACGCACGCGCAGUUCCGUCCCAUUGAGUAUGGCUACGGUGCUGUCCAGAGCCCUGAAGCUGCCAGGGAAGAAGUCUCAUGACCCCAGGGAAUAUGACCCCCUUACUCAGGCAGACAGUGAUGAGAGUGAAGAUGACCUUGUUAUUAACAUCCAGCAAAAUGGAGUUCAGAACGGGAAGGGCACUCGUGGGGCAUCUCAGGAUCAUGACUCCGACGUUGAACGAAGGUCAAAGAGAGUCCAGCAACGUCCAGUAGAUAAUAAACAGGAUGGGCUAUGUGCCACAGGAGCCCUGGAACCAGGACUAAAGCCACCAUCCUCUUUGUUGUCCUAUGUGCGAACCACAGUAUUUAUUCUGACAGUUGUCGUCUCAAUGGUAAUGGUUCUUAUUUGUGCGUUCCUCAUCCCUUGUCCUAUGAAUGGUCAGCACAACAUGUGGACACUCCAUGUGGGUUAUGACACAGAAUUUUCUUCACCUCUGGAGCUGUUUGAUGUCAAUAAGGAUGGUGUACCAGAUAUACUGCUGACAUUCCUGUCCUCCAGAGCCACUGCUACACAGGAUGCCGUGAAGCAGACCCAUUUUCUCUCCGUUCUCUCUGGUAAUAGCGGGAGCGUCUUGUGGAGCCGGCACACCCAGGAGUAUCUCCGGAGUAUUCAGUGUGGACGACUGCUUAUAAAGCCUGAGCUGAACGACACGUGUCUCCUGACUGGAACGUACAAGCUGUUGAGCCUGAUCUCUGCAUCUACAGGGGAAUCUUUAUGGACCAUGAGCCUAAACCAUGUGUCAAGCGGAACAGUAGCGGCUCCUGCUGUAAUUCUGCCAGAUCUGGAUGAUGACUUUACAAAUGACGUGCUGGUUCUUACCAUUGGGGAAAGUCAGCCAGAUCUCGGAUUCCUUUUGGUGUCGGGCCGCACUGGGAAACCUAUGGGUGAAAUAGUCAAGUACAGCAUCAUGGGAGAAGGGAAACUUUUAGGACCACAGGCCUACUACACAAGCCAGGGAGCCAUUUAUAUUCUUUUUGGCUUUGGGAACAUCCAGGCUGUUGCUUUGAGGGAUAUAUAUGCCCAGGCUAAAAGUGGAGGCAAUUUUCCAGGCGCCCUUCAGAGAAUUGAUCCAGAUUGGGAAAAGAGGAGAUCUGUCAAUCACUCGAAACUGAUCAAUGUGUACAGCUCUGGAGUGGAGUUUCUGCAAACCGUUCCCGUCUAUCUCAGUAACUUCAGUGAUUUACUGGUCACAAGUAAGGAGGCUGUGACUCUUGUGAAGGGACAAGACCUGGAGCAGAGAUGGAGCAUCAAUCUGAACAAUGUCUACAGCCACCCACAGCCUGGUUACUUUAACAGUGAUGGACACUUGGAUUUCUUCAUACAGAUUCAGAGCAAUGCCACUGAAAAAAAGAUGAUUAUUGUUGAUGGACCCUCGAGUCAAUCACUGUGGGAGUGCGAGAUUCCGUGGCAUGAAGAUGAAAAAGAAACGGAGGCGAUCUCCCUUCUUACUGCUGAUGGAAAAUCAGUGUUCCUGUUUUGGGGUGAAGACAUGGUUCCGGGUAACAGCUCUCACAUGGCUUAUAGAAAAUCAGACAGCCCAUGGAUGAGACAUCUUUAUUUGCUGUCUCCUACCUAUCCAGGAGUUGUCCUGGACCUCUUCAAUGUAUCUUCAAGUAUUGUUGCUUUUGCAGCGGGGAUCAGAGAGUUGGAGAAGGAUGCCCUCCUUGCUAUCGUGACUGCAGAGCAGGAGCAGAGCACAUCAGGCAACAUGUCCCGAAAUCUGACUAUAAGCAAAGUGGGCAUGAGGUGGGCUCUGUCCAGCAGCCGAGCUCGGUCUCUGAGAGGUGCAAAUGUAAGGCCCAAAGUAGAAGAUAUAAAAAAAAUUCUUAGUAGGUUGAAGUUCACUUCACUUCCUCAAUGGGUAUUGUAAUCGUGAAAGGUCAAGACUCCUCCAGAAGUGUAAGGAAGUGGUUUCUAUAUCUUACUGCAGACAGUGCCUAGAAUCCUAGAAGCACAAGUCACAAGAAAGACCUGGAAAUCGGGAGUGAUCAUACUGUCACUUGUUUUCUUGUGUAUCAGUAUACCUGUGCUGUGUUGCAGUG